UCCAUGGAGCUCAUAAAUUGCAACAGCAGAACCUCUCACCUGAAGAUACUGAUAUUUUUGAACAAAAUUUCCUCACUUGCGUAUUUGAGGUGUUGCUACCAUAGUUUAGGCUUUGCUCCUUGCUGUUGUCUCAUUUAUUUAGUUACUUAUUUGGUUUCAUUAUUCGUUUCAUGGACAAUCACCUAAAUUUUUCAGCUCGCCCUAAAGAUAUUUAUAAACCUAUGCCUUAUAUUUUUCAUGAAAUUACAACAACAACAACCAAACCUUAAGUCCCACUAGGUGGGGUUGGCUACAUGAAUCCUUUUCCACCAAUUUGCACGAUCUUGGGCAAUAUCUUUGGAAAAAUAAAGUUUUAUUGUUAGAUUACCACUUUAUCUAAAAGUUUAAGCUAUUAGGUUAUGAGCUAACAAUGUUUUCAAGCAAUCAAGCCUUAACGCUUCCCUGCAUGUGCAGUCCAACAACACGUGGAGAGAUAAACGAACAAUGAGUAACACCCAUAUUUGGGACACGAUAAUUUUUUUUUUUAAAAAAAAACUUAGUUUAAACACGGGCAAGAAGACUUGAACCUAGGACCUCCUAGUAACCAGCUCUAAUACCAUAUUAGAUUAUCACUUUACCUAAAAGCUUAAGCUAUUAGGUUGUGGGUCAACAAUGUAUAUCAAGCCUUAAUAGUUAUUAAAUCCUUACUUUCUCAUUCCAAGUUAUUCUAGGGCUACUCUAUCCCUUAUACCAUCACUAAUAUUAAUUGACCAACAUUAAGCAUGGCCAGUCUUAUCGUCGUUUUAUAGAAUUUUAUUUUUUAUUUUUUAGGGUAUUACAACACGUUUAAAGCACUUCUCCUUGUUUCCUAACCUACAUAAACUCUAUGUAUUACAAUUCAUUCAUUUUCUCCUUUAGCUUGCAUAAUAGAACCAAGGUAUUGAAAUCUCGUAGUGCUGUUAAUUUCUUAACCAUCAAGUUUAAUCUUCUCUCCAAUAUUUCUCUUGCCAUUACUAAAAUUAAAUUCCGUAUAUUCUCUCCUAUUUCUAUUUAUCUUAAAAUUUUAGAUUUUAAAGCUCCUUUCCAUAAUUCUAACUUUGUUUGUAUUCCACCUUAUUAUCAAUCAAGACAAUAUCAUCUACAAACAACAUAAACCUUGAAACCUCAUUUGGAUACUCCUAGUAAGUUCAUCCAUUGCUAAUGCAAAAAGAUAAGGAUUCAAAGAAAACCCUUAUGUACACCUAUUGUAAUAUGAAUCUCCACCUAUAGUCCUAAUGCUAGUCAUUACUUUAUCGUACAAAUCUUUAAUUACUUCAAUAUACCUACAACAUACUCCCCUUUUUCUAGAACCCACAAUUUCCCUAAGUAUCCUAUGUCUCUAGGUCCAUAAAAACCAUGUACAAGUCCCUUUUCUUUUUCAUAAACUUUUCUAUAAAAUUUUUAAUAGAUAUAUAUAUCUUUUGUAAUAUAUCUCCUAGGCAUAAAACCAAAAUGGUUUUCAAAAACCUUCAUUUCUAACCUAAGUCUUUGUUCAAUCACCCUUUCCCAAGUUUUCAUUUUGUGAUCAUAAGUAUAAUUCUAUGAUAGUUAUUACAAUUUUGAAUAUCUCCUUUAUUUUUGUUUAUAGGUAUUAAAGUGUUUUUCCUCCAUUAGCAGUUUCUUGGUUCUUAUAAUUGUGCUAAAUAAAUUAGUUAAGCAAAUAAUUCCAUCAUGGCCUAGGCAUUUCCACACUUCAAUUAGGAUGUCAUCUGGUCUGCUUUCCAAUUUAUCUUUUUUAAAGAAAAUUUCAGUCUAUUAACCCUAAUUUGUGGGUAAAUAUUAAAUUUUUAGCCUUUUUCUCAUUUGUCAAUUCUAAGUUUAAGCCUUCUGCUUGAUUUUCAUUAAAUUGCCCUUUAAAGUGACUUUGUCAUCUUUCUUUGAUGUCUCCUUCUUUAACCAAAGCAUUGUUUUCCUCAAUUUUUUUUGCAUUUGAUCUCUCUUUUAUGCCUAUCUAGCUCUAUACUUUUAAUUAUCUUUAAUAUUUAUUGUUAUCUUGUUUGUGCCUAAGAUCAUGGAAGGCAUUGUUUUUAUGAUGCUAGUGUCUUUGAGAUUUUUUGUUGCAAGAAAAGCUAAAGCCUCCCUGCCCUUGCCUUUGGUAAAUUGCACUGUUGAUUUUACAGGUGGUGAACACAACUUUAAGAAUUCUUCUGUGCUGUUUUGCUUUGUUUCUUCUUUUUAUAUUUUUUGCUCUGUUUUUUGUUGUUGUUUUUUUUUUUUUUUCCAUUUUGUUUUUUCUGCUUUUUUAAGUUUGCAAGGAGAAGAGUUUUCUUCUGCAAAGCAAGGAAUUUUUAUUUUGUGAUUUUUUUGUUGGCCGGAAGAGUCAUGCUACAUGUGUGAUGCGUGUGUGUGUGUCUAUCUAUAUUGUAAUUUGUAACCAAAGGUAUCAGGUCCAUUUCAACACCCAGCUAAUACAUGGGCAAGGGGCCUUCCCUUAAUUCCCACCCUCCUUGGGGUAAGCAGGUGAUGGAUAAAAGCAAUUUCAAGAUAGUGACUGAUGAUGAGCUUGAUGUUGCACUUUCUGGGCAAUAUCAGUUAAAUCUUCCCAUAAAAGUUGAUGAAUCUAAGCUUGACACAAAGCUUUUGAGGAGGUACUUUGAAAAACAUCCUUAUGAAAACCUUCCACAUUUUUCUGAUAAGUACAUAAUCUUUCGACGUGGAAUUGGAUUUGAUCAGACAUCUGGUUAUUUUUUCAAUGCAAAAGUGGAUGCCAUCCUUGCACGUUUAUGGCGAUGUCUUUUGAGACUGACAGGGCUUAAGAGAAUUUUGUACAGGAAAUCUGGUGCACAAUAUAAAAAAGAUCCAAAGAAGCCUGACGAAAUAAGCAUUGAAGUGGAGCAAGAAGGCCUACAUGUUGAAAGGAUCCACAUUGACAAUAUGAAACUCAGUAUCCGUAAUCUGCUGAGAAAGAUCACAAUUCAAGAGCCUACAUUUGAUCGGAUAAUUGUUGUCUACAGGAGAGCAAGUUCCAAAGGAAAAGAAAAGCGAGGGAUAUUCUUGAAGCAUUUCAAAAACAUUCCAAUGGCCGAUAUGGAAAUAGUUCUUCCAGAAAAGAAAAAUCCAAGUUUGACUCCGAAGGACUGGGUCAAAUUCCUUGUCUCUGCUGUGCUUGGGCUGGUUGCUGUAAUCAGUUCGCUUCAAAUGCCUAAAGCUGAUAUCCGGGUCAUGUUUGCCAUCCUCUCUGCACUAAUUGGUUACUCUGUUAAGACAUACAUCAUGUUUCAGAAAAACUUCUCUCGAUAUCAGAACUUAAUCAUGAAGUCCGUGUAUAACAAACAACUGGAUAGUGGACGGGGCACUCUUCUUCACUUGUGCGACGAUGUGAUUCAGCAAGAAGUGAAAGAGGUGAUCGUGUCUUUCUUUACAUUGAUGGACCAAAGAGAAAUUACUAAACAGGAUCUUGACCUGCAGUGUGAGGCACUAAUUAAAGAAAAGUUUGGUGAAAGCUGUAAUUUUGAGGUAGAUGAUGCAAUUAGGAAGCUAGAAAAGUUAGGACUUGUUGCUCAGGAUGCUACUGGAAGAUAUUCUUGUAUUGGCUUGAAGCAUGCUAAUGACAUCAUUGGCACCACAACUGAAGAGUUUGUCCUCACUGCUAACCAGGGUGCUUCUGCUCUUUGACGCAGUCUUUCCAAGGAAAACUUGGUUUAGAAAUCACCUUGGGACAUUUCUGCGGAUGCUAGCUUUGCUUUCAGGCAACUCUCCACCAGUGUCUUGAAUGAGAUUUUUUGUUUUUGCUUUGUUCUUUUGGGCUCCCGAGGUUACAAAAUGCAAAGGGAAGGAAAAAAAAAAAAAAUCUACUUUUUUCUUGUUUAGUUAUAGAGAAUGAUAGAGAAAAUAGAAUGUAUAGCAAAUAAUAAACAAUUUAUUACAUAGAUGUCAUUAACUAUUAAUUGUUUUGUAAUUUCCUUCUAUGAUUUUCUCUACUUUCUCACAAAAUCCUUGAAUCAAAUGGAAGACUGGUAUCUUUCAAUGUAUGCAAUUUCAUUUUUCAA